UAUCAUUCUGAAGCUGCGUGCUAUGAGCAUAGGAAGGAUAUCAUACUUUUGCUAACUUUAAACAACACGAUAUACACAUAUUAGUAGUUUCUAUUAAGAAUGUAGGUCGUUUACCUACUGCCUUGUGAUACUUUAAAAUGUCCGGAAUUGGAACGUUACCACCGGGGACCUUUAUGGACUUUAGUCCAAUACGGAAAAGCGGCGCCGAGAAGGAAAAUGAGUUCCCCGUUUUGAGUCUGGUGCUGUUUUCAAAGGCUCCAUUUGUAUCGUUCGGGACUGUGAAGGUCGGCACCUCGAAGUCUGCUGUUCUCCGCAUUCAGAAUCCGGCAGAAGACGCCGAAGCUGAGGUCACCGUUGACAAGAUCCCGUCCGGCAAAGGCUUCUCCGUCAACCAAACCGCGUUCACCAUCCAGCCCCAGGGUACGUUUAGCCUGACAAUAACCUGGACUCCAACAGAAGAGGGCGGAAUCAGAGAACUUAUCAUCUUCAUUGGCAAUCGAGUCCUCAAGCACCAGGCAGUCCUGCUUGGGAGAGCAGAAGCAUCAAAAAAGAAAAAGAAGAGCUUAUGGGAUGCAAUCAAAAACAAAAGGGGAGCUGAAAAAGGAUCUCCUUACAAGGGGAAAAAGACGGAACCAUCGACAAAGAUGGCUGCCAAUAAAACUGUCCAGGUGUCCCGAAAACCACAGCAUAAACGGGAUAAACUCCGCAGUCCACUUUCUUCACUUAAUGAGGGAAAACCUGUCAGAGAGAAGUUAUUCCACAAGCACAGUCACCCUGGUGACGACCCUCAAGAGUCAGAGCAGAGAAAGGCUGUAAAUCCCAUUUAUAAGCCAUGGUCUUUGGCAGACCAGGAGAACGUACGCCAUGUUCAAAUACACUCUUCUCCUGUGUUAGCCACACAGGUGACAGGUUCUUUGGUGGAAAAGCUGGAAAACAAAGUGCUUGCCAAAAUGCUUAAUACAACUCUGUCUCCUAUUGGGACACCAGAGAGGUUCAAAGAGAUCAUGCCUCGCAUUACAACAGUUGAAAGUCAUGUUACAGGAGGCCCAGCACUCUCUUUGACUGAUGCACUGGCCCUCAUUGACUCUGAUCUCAGUCCUGUCAGCAGCAGUCCCCGAGACACCAGUUCCAAUUGUGUAUUUUCCGACUCCCUCGAAUCAAAAAGCGACAAUCGUGAAUGUGGAAUGAACGAGAACGUCUUCAACGCUCAUGGUGGCAGCCCAGAAAUGUCCCAGUCCACAAAGCACGGACUUACCUUUAGCAAGAAGGCUGUUAUGCCCGAGGCCGUAGAAAAACCUACUAAGUUGGCUUUUAAUUGUGAAACGGUGAUUAAAAAGAAGGCACCGGUGAGUGAAAGGAAAAUAAAGAAGUCAAAGCGUCGCCUAAUGGAGAAAACUCUUGAGUUGACUGAAAGCUGCAGCCACUCUGAGUCUGGACCAGGUACCCCGUCUCUACCUGUAAUAGAACCAGACUGGACGCAGAGAUCAGCGGAAGCUGGUUUCUCAAGAGCAGUCCAAGAAUUAGAUACUUCCAGCACAAAUCAAAAAGCCAAUGCCCCAGCUUUACCUGCCGGCACGCCGAAACCCAUAAUUCAUUUGGACUUCACCACCAAUUCCCCACCCCUCAAAGCUCCCCUCAUGACAUUCACUGUCACCUCUCCAUCACCGUUGAGCCAGUUUUCCUUUCGCCACUGCAGCAACAAACCCAACAAUUGCCUUCCCGAAUCGUCUCCAACAGAUAUCGCCUCAGCCGAUCCGUCCGCUCAGUUGGACUCAUUUCCAAUUCAUACGGCAAGAAAGAGCAGAAAGAGGAAGAGUGAAGAGUAUUUGAAAAGUGCGUUGAAGAUCGACGCCGGUGGGAAAACUGAGCCAGUCAAAAGGACCAGAACGGUGGUUUGGAAAAAUGAGCCCACCAAAUCGACACACGAGAGGUCGUUGGUACAGAAGCAGGAGACCAAGUCAACAGGUUCUGUGCACUCCAUGAAGACGUCUCUAAAGACCGCAAAAUCAUCAGUGCCUGCUCAGACAAAGACACAAAGCACCAAACUUGCCUCGCAAGGCGCUGGCUUUCUGAGGUCAUCCCGAGAAUCGAGGGUCAAGGGUGUGAAGCCUGCAAGAGUUGCUGCUUUAGCACAGUCAAAGCUGACCUUCAUCAAACCAGCUCAGACAGUCAUACCAAGGCAUCCACUUCCUUUUGCUGCCAAGAACAUGUUCUACGACGAGAGAUGGAUUGAGAAGCAAGAGAGGGGAUUUACAUGGUGGCUCAACUACGUCCUGACCCCAGAUGAUUUUAAAGUCAACACUGAAAUGACCAAAGUGAGUGCUGCUUCCCUUACCAUGGGCUGCAGUGAUGAGUUCUGCAUUGCCAAAGCUCCCACCAAAGAGGAGAUGUCUUUCAGCACUUACACUGCCCGUCGAAAGUUAAACCGACUCCGCCGAUCUGCCUGCCAGCUCUUCACCUCCGAGACUUUGGUCAAGGCCAUUAAGAAGUUGGAGAUUGAGGUGGAAGCAAAGAGGCUACUUAUCCGCAAAGACCGCCAUAUUUGGAAGGAUAUAGGUGAACGACAAAAAGUCCUCAAUUGGCUUCUUUCCUACAAUCCAUUAUGGUUACGGAUUGGUCUUGAGACAAUCUUUGGGGAGCUCAUCUCUCUGGAGAACAACAGCGAUGCGAUGGGUCUAGCUAUGUUUAUACUCCAGCGACUUCUGUGGAACCCAGACAUCGCGGCUGAGUUUAGGCACCCCAAAGUUCCUCAUCUAUACAAAGAUGGCCACGAGGAGGCGCUGUCUUGCUUCACUCUGAAGAAGCUGCUCUUGCUGGUGUGUUUCUUGGACAAGGCCAAAGAGUCUCGCCUGAUGGAACAUGACCCAUGUCUGUUCUGCAUGGAUGCAGAGUUCAAGAAAAGUAAAGACCUGCUGCUCGCUUUCUCGAGAGACUUUCUAAGCGGAGAGGGGAUCCUGCCUCGCCAUCUUGGCUACCUGGGACUACCCGUCUCCCAUGUUCAAACUCCCCUCGACGAGUUCAACUUUGCCGUGGGGAAUUUGGCAGUUGACUUGAAAUGCGGAAUUCGACUUGUGAGGGUCAUGGAGCUGCUCAUAAAGCAGUGGGGCUUGUCAGCCAAGCUUCGACUGCCAGCCAUCAGCCGCCUGCAAAAAGUCCAUAACGUAGAUAUCACUUUCCAAGUCCUCAAAAGCAGAGGGGUGGACCUCAAGGAUGAGCUUGGCCAGAUCAUAGAUUCCAGAGACAUUGUGGAUGGACACAGAGAGAAGACAUUGAGCCUCUUGUGGAAAAUAAUUUUUUCGUAUCAGGUGGAAGUGAUUUUGGAUGACGAUCUGAUGAGGGAGGAGAUUGGCUUCCUGAGGAGAACGCUAUGGACGAAACAGAGAUUGGCUUCUUUGAAGGCUGAUCGAGGUCCAGACUCCAGCGCGCCAAAGCCCCAGGUGCCCUAUGAACACAGCAGCACUAAGGUGGCUCUGCUGAUGGAGUGGACUCGAUCUGUGUGUGACUUCUACAACCUGAAGGUGGAGAACUUCACCGUGACAUUUUCCGACGGCCGCGUUCUCUGCUACUUGAUUCACCACUACCAGCCCGGUCUCAUCCCAGAGAAGUCUGUGCAUCAUAUCACCACCCAGACUGUGGAAUGCUCGUCUCAGGGUCGCCUGGAGCUCGACUGCUCAGCCACAGAUUCGGACAACUCUUUUGACAACUCUUCGACGGGCCAAAACGGACCACAGUCCCCGUCUGUGGAGUUUAAAGAGCUCCUGGAAAAUGAGAAGAGCAACUUCAGACUGGUUAAUAAUGCAGUGGCUUUCCUGGGUGGAGUGCCCGCCAUGAUCAACCCAGCUGACAUGUCCAACACCAUCCCCAAUGAGAAGGUUGUGAUGUCUUACCUGUCUUUCCUGUGCGCUCGUCUCCUGGACCUGCGUAAUGAAACCAGAGCAGCUCGCAUCAUACAAGGUGCCUGGAGGAAAUACAGAUUAAAGAAGGACCUACAGUUGUACAAGGUGAGAAAUGUGGCUGCUGGGAAAAUCCAGGUAGCCGUGAGGCAUUUUCUUGCGCGGCGCUGGGCGGAGAAGCAAUGUGCAGCUUCCUUAAUCAUCCAAUCCGCUUGGAGAGGAUAUGUCACUCGCAAAUCACUGAGGACGGAAAAAGAGGCAGCGCUCUGGAUCAAACAGCAUCGAGCAGCAACAAUCAUCCAGGCGCAGUGGAGAAUGUUUUCCGCCAUGAAGUCUUACCAGCAGCUCCGAUACUACACGAUUGUGGUCCAAGCACAGUGGCGAAUGAGGACGGCCGUCACAGCAUUUGGAAGAAUCUACCGGGCAACAAUUGUCAUACAAAGACAUUUAAGAGCUUGGAUUGUUGCAAGAAAACAGAGGGGACAGUAUCUCUUGCUCCAAUCUGCAGUGGUAAAAAUACAGAGAGGCUACAGACAGUGGAAAAUCUUGAAGACUCUAAAGGAAAACCAUGCAGCCAAAGUAGUGCAAACUAUAUUCCGGAAAUGGUACGCAGAGAAAAUGACCAACAGAGCAUCUGCUGCGGUUAAGAUUCAAUCUUGGUAUCGAAUGAAGAGGUGUUUGUAUCAGUACAAAAAGUUCCAAAGAAGCAGCUUGCUCAUUCAAGCCUACUACAGAGCUCAUGUACAAAGGCGGAACUUUCAGAAACUGAAGCAACAGCACAACUCGGCCAUUGUCAUCCAGAGUGUCUUCAGAGGUUACGCUGUCAGGAAACGGGUGAAUAGGAAUAGAACAGCAUUCCUCCAGAAGAGACUAGCCUGUGUUAUACUACAAGCUGGAUUUCGAGGCAUGAAAAUUAGGACAGAACUGAAGAAAAAGCAUAAAGCUGCAACCGUCAUUCAGUCCGCAGUUAGGAUGUUUUUACGCAGGAAACGGUACAUUCUCCUUCAAAGCGCUGCGAUUGUAAUCCAGUGUCGUUAUAAAGCACUGCUCCAGUGCAGAGCUCAGCAACAUGUUUACAGAGAGCAAAAGAAAGCUGCUAUAACAAUCCAAGCAGUGUACAGAGCAUGGAGAGAAAAAGAAGAAAUUAACAAGAGGCACCAUGCUGCCAGAGUAAUCCAGGCUAAAUUCAAAAUGUACAAAGUGCGGAUGGCUUACCUUGCUACUAAGUGUGCUGCAGUCAUUAUUCAAGAACGGUUCAGGGCCAAAAUCCUCAUGAAUCAACAGCUGAAAAUGUACAGAGAUAUGAAAUCUGCUGCUGUUAUUAUCCAAGCAGCAUAUCGCGGCCACCAGGCCAGGAUGGAGGUUAUGAAAAUGCACCGUGCUGCGAUGGUCAUUCAGAGACUAUUUCUCACUUUUCAGGAAAGGAACAAAUUCCUCGCUAUCAAGACAGCAGUUUUGGUGUUCCAGCAGCGUUACAGGGCAGUGACUCUGAUGAAAAAAGUCCGGACAGAUUAUCUGUCAAAGCGCACGGCAGCCAUUUGUUUGCAGUCUGCCUUUAGAGGAUACACGGCCCGAAAGCAAUUGAUCAUCAAACAUAAAGCCGCUGUUACAAUUCAAUCCAACUUUAGGAAACGUCAACAAAGACACUUCUACAGGAGAUUACAAUGGGCUGUCAGUGUUUUGCAGGGACGUUACAGAGCCAACAAGAAAAUGAGACAUGAGAGAUUGACUUUUCAUGCCAAGAGACAUGCUGCCAUCAUCUUACAAUCUGCCUUCCGGGGAAUGAAAUCCAGACAGAUCGUCAAACAAAAGCACCAGGCAGCUGCCACAAUACAGGGAGCUUUCAGAGCCCACUAUGAAUACAAGAAGUACCUUGCUUUGAAAUCCUCAGUGCUUGCUAUGCAGCGCAGAUAUCGUGCUACCUUGACAGCCAAAGCACAAAUGCGACUUUAUCAAAACAUACGCAAGUCUGCGGUCAUCAUUCAGGCAGCAUACAGAGGGAUGCGAGCCAGAAAGAAUGUUGUUCUUUGGCAUCAAGCAGCCACGGUGAUACAGUCUGUUUUUAGGCGACACAAAGCGGAAGUUAAAUUCCAGGCCAUGCGUCUAUCAGCAAUCAUCAUCCAGAAAUACUACCGAGCUUACGUCCGCCUCAAACAAGAAAGGGAAUUAUUCGUCAAAGUCAGAUCAUCAGCCAUUGUUCUGCAGGCAGCAUUUAGAGGUUAUUCUGCAAGAAGAGAAAUUGCCAAGAUGCAAAGGGCGGCUACUGUCCUCCAAGCAACUUUCAGAAAGCAUAAGCAGCAAUCGACUUUUAGGAAGCAAUGCUGGGCUGCCUGUGUAUUGCAGCAGAGAUUCAGAGCUCUUAAACAGAGAAACGCUGAAGCUAGAAAAUAUAAUGAAAUCAGGAAAUCUGUCGUUUGUCUACAAGCUGCCUUCCGGGGAAUGAAAUCAAGGCAAUCCGUCAAACAAAUGCAUCAGGCUGCUACCACGAUCCAGAAGGCUUUCAGAGCCCGUUGUGAACACAAGAAGUAUCUUGCCUUAAAAACAUCAGUGCUCGCCAUACAGCGCAGAUAUCGUGCCACUGUAGCAGCCAAAUCACAAAUGCAACAUUACCAAAACAUAAAAGAAGCUGUUGUGCUUAUUCAGGCAGCAUACAGAGGGAUGCGGGUCAGGAAUUGUGUUGCUCGGUGGCAUCAGGCUGCCAUUGUGAUCCAGUCUGCUUUUAGACGACACAGGGAAGAAAUCAAAUUCCAGGCCAUGCGUCUCUCAGCUGUUAUCGUCCAGAGAUACUUCCGGGCUUAUAUCCUUCAGAAACAAGAUCGUAGACGCUACCUCAAAGUCAGAUCCUCCGCUAUUGUUCUUCAGGCAGCAUUCAGAGGUUAUUCAGUGAGGAGAAGAAUUGCCCUAAUGCACAAAGCCGCUACUGUCCUACAAGCAAACUUCAAGAGGCAUAAGCAGCAAAUGACUUUCAGGAAGCAACGUUGGGCUGCCUCUGUCUUACAGCAGAGAUUUAGAGCUCUUAAACUGAAAAAUGUUGAGGUAAAGCAUUAUCAAGAAGUAAAGAAAGCUGUGAUUUCUCUGCAAGCUGCCUUCCAGGGAAUGAAGUUAAGACAAUACAUCAGACAAAUGCAUCAGGCUGCCACCACUAUCCAGAAGGCUUUCAGAGCCCAUUGUGAACACAAAGAGUAUCUCGCCUUAAAAACAUCAGUGCUUUGCAUACAGCGCAGAUAUCGAGCCACUGUAGCAGCCAAAGUACAAAUGCGAAAUUACCAAAACAAGAAAAAAGCUGUUGUGAUUAUUCAGGCAGCAUACAGAGGGAUGCGGGUCAGGAAUUGUGUUGCUCGGUGGCAUCAGGCUGCCAUUGUGAUCCAGUCUGCUUUUAGACGACGCAGGGAAGAAAUCAAAUUCCAAGCCAUGCGUCUCUCAGCUGUUAUCGUCCAGAGAUACUUCCGGGCUUAUAUCCUUCAGAAACAAGAUCGUAGACGCUACUUCAAAGUAAGAUCCUCCGCUAUUGUUCUUCAGGCAGCAUUCAGAGGUUAUGCAGUGAGGAGAAGAAUUGCCCUAAUGCACAAAGCCGCUACUGUCCUACAAGCAAACUUCAAGAGGCAUAAGCAGCAAAUGACUUUCAGGAAGCAACGUUGGGCUGCCUCUGUCUUACAGCAGAGAUUUAGAUCUCUUAAACUGAAAAAUGUUGAGGUAAAGCAUUAUCAAGAAGUAAAGAAAGCUGUGAUUUCUCUGCAAGCUGCCUUCCAGGGAAUGAAGUUAAGACAAUCCAUCCGACAAAUGCAUCAGGCUGCCACCACUAUCCAGAAGGCUUUCAGAGCCCAUUGUGAACACAAAAAGUAUCUCGCCUUAAAAACAUCAGUGCUUUGCAUACAGCGCAGAUAUCGAGCCACUGUAGCAGCCAAAGCACAAAUGCAAUAUUACCAAAACAAGAAAAAAGCUGUUGUGAUUAUUCAGGCAGCAUACAGAGGGAUGCGAGUCAGGAAUUGUGUUGCUCGGUGGCAUCAGGCUGCCAUUGUGAUCCAGUCUGCUUUUAGACGACACAGGGAAGAAAUCAAAUUCCAGGCCAUGCGUCUCUCAGCUGUUAUCGUCCAGAGAUACUUCCGGGCUUAUAUCCUUCAGAAACAAGAUCGUAGACACUACAUCAAAGUCAAAUACUCCGCUAUUGUUCUUCAGGCAGCAUUCAGAGGUUAUUCAGUGAGAAGAAGAAUUUCCCUAAUGCACAGAGCCGCUACUGUCCUACAAGCAAACUUCAAGAGGCAUAAGCAGCAAAUGACUUUCAGGAAGCAACUUUGGGCUGUCUCUGUCUUACAGCAGAGAUUUAGAGCUCUUAAACAGAAAAAUGUUGAGGUAAAGCAUUACCAAGAAGUAAAGAAAGCUGUGAUUUCUCUGCAAGCUGCCUUCCGGGGAAUGAAGUUAAGACAAUACAUCAGACAAAUGCAUCAGGCUGCCACCACUAUCCAGAAGGCUUUCAGAGCCCGUUGUGAACACAAGAAGUAUCUUGCCUUAAAAACAUCAGUGCUCGCCAUACAGCAGAGAUAUCGAGCCACUGUAGCAGCCAAAGCACAAAUGCAAAAUUACAAAAACAAGAAAAAUGCUGUUGUGAUUAUUCAAGCAGCAUACAGAGGGAUGCGAGUCAGGAAUUGUGUUGCUCGGUGGCAUCAGGCUGCCAUUGUGAUCCAGUCUGCUUUUAGACGACACAGGGAAGAAAUCAAAUUCCAGGCCAUGCGUCUCUCAGCUGUUAUCGUCCAGAGAUACUUCCGAGCUUAUAUCCUUCAGAAACAAGACCGUAGACACUACUUCAAAGUCAGAUCCUCAGCUAUUGUUCUUCAGGCAGCAUUCAGAGGUUAUUCAGUGAGGAGAAGAAUUGCCCUAAUGCACAGAGCCGCUACUGUCCUACAAGCAAACUUCAAGAGGCAUAAGCAGCAAAUUACUUUCAGAAAGCAACUUUGGGCUGUCUCUGUCUUACAGCAGAGAUUUAGAGCUCUUAAACUGAAAAAUGUUGAGGUAAAGCAUUAUCAAGAAGUAAAGAAAGCUGUGAUUUCUCUGCAAGCUGCCUUCCGGGGAAUGAUGUUAAGACAAUCCAUCCGACAAAUGCAUCAGGCUGCCACCACUAUCCAGAAGGCUUUCAGAGCCCGUUGUGAACACAAGAAGUAUCUUGCCUUAAAAACAUCAGUGCUCGCCAUACAGCGGAGAUAUCGAGCCACUGUAGCAGCCAAAGCACAAAUGCAAAAUUACCAAAACAAGAAAAAAGCUGUUGUGAUUAUUCAAGCAGCAUACAGAGGGAUGCGGGUCAGGAAUUGUGUUGCUCGGUGGCAUCAGGCUGCCAUUCUGAUCCAGUCUGCAUUUAGACGACACAGGGAAGAAAUCAAAUUCCAAGCCAUGCGUCUCUCAGCUGUUAUCGUCCAGAGAUACUUCCGGGCUUAUAUCCUUCAGAAACAAGAUCGUAGACGCUACUUCAAAGUCAGAUCCUCCGCUAUUGUUCUUCAGGCAGCAUUCAGAGGUUAUUCAGUGAGAAGAAGAAUUUCCCUAAUGCACAGAGCUGCUACUGUCCUACAAGCAAACUUCAAGAGGCAUAAGCAGCAAAUGACUUUCAGGAAGCAGUGCUUGGCUGCCUCUGUUUUACAGCGGAGAUUUAGAGCUCUUAAACAGAAAAACAUUGAGGUGAAGCAUUAUCAAGAAGUCAAAAAAGCUGUGAUUUCUCUGCAAGCUGCCUUCCGGGGAAUGAAAUCAAGACAGUCCAUCAAACUGAUGCAUCAGGCUGCCACCACUAUCCAGACAGCUUUUAGAGCUCAUCGUGAAAAGGAAAAAUAUCUGAAAAUAAAAUCCUCUGUACUAACAAUUCAGCGACAAUUUCAAGCCACUGUAGCAGCCAAAACUCAAAGGAAAAGAUUCUUGGACGCACGCCGCGCAGCUAUUGUCUUUCAGGCAACAUACAGAGGCCAGCAUGCUCGGAAGCAUCUUGCUCAUUUGCACUUGGCUGCAACAAUAAUCCAGACCGCAUACAGGAAGCAUGUAGCGGUAGUCAAAUUCCAGGAAAUGCGUGCGUCUGCUGUAGUUAUCCAGAGAUUCUACCGGGCCUUCAAUGAUCAGAGGCAAGAAAGAAACAAUUUCCUGAAAAUCCUGCAAGCCACCAUUAUUAUUCAGGCUGCUUUCAAAGGCUACUGUGUGAGGAAGCACAUAAACCGACAAAGCCAAGCUGCCAGUUUCAUCCAGUCGCAUUGGAGGUGCAUAAUCCAGAGGCGCGUCUUUUUGAAGAAAAGAGAAGCAGCUGUGAAAUUGCAACAGAAAAUUCGAGCAAUGCAGCUUGGAAAGCUGGACAGGAACAAGUAUGUCCGGAUAAGGCAGGCGGCAAUCACACUUCAGACCCAAUACAGAGCUUGGACUGCACGGAAGCUGAAACUUGAGGCUGCCAAUGUACAGAGAAGACUUUGUUUCGCUGGGGCUGUCUACCACCACCUCAGUGCCAUCAAAAUCCAAAGAGCUUUGCGAGCACACUGGGUCUUGGAGUCCGCCAAGAGACAGAUCCAUAUCGUCAUCGCCAUACAACGUUUGGUGCGAGUGAAACAGCAAAAAAGACGCUAUCUGGAAAACCGAAGGAAAGUAGUCACCGCCCAGAGAGCAGUCAAGCGUUGGUUAGCUCGUCGCCACAAGGCUGCGUCUGUCAUCCAGGAUGCUUCGCGCAGGUUUCUCCUUCUCAGGCGCCAGAAGAGAAGAGAACGGGGCAUUGUCAAAGCACAGGCUCUUUGGAGAGGACACUGCUCCCGCCGCUUGAAUGACAAUGCCAAAAUAAUAAAGUUGAGACAUACCUUGCGUAAAGUCUCAAUUAGUGCCCGAGAAGAGGACAAAUUGUUCAACAAAACAUUCUCCGCCUUGGACUGUAUCCUUCGAUACAAACACUUCUCCCACAUCCUCAAGGCACUGGAAAACCUAGAGGCCACGACCAGGUUGUCACCUGUGUGCUGUGAGCAGCUGGUAGACCGUGGCGCCACCAGUGUCAUCUUCACGCUCAUACGAAGCUGCAACAGGAGCUUGUCCUGCAUGGAUGUCAUCACCUUCUCCAUCCAGAUCCUCCUCAACCUCGCUAAGUACCACAAAACCACUGAAGCGGUAUACUUGGUGGACAACUCUGUGGACACACUGGUGGACCUGCUGCUGCGGUACAGAGGGAAAGCGGGAGAUAAAGUGGCGGACAAAGGUGGCAUUAUCUUUACCAAGGCCAGCUUCCUGUUGCUUCUGCUCCUGCAAGACAAAAAACAUGUUUGGGAGGUUAUGAAUAAUCCAAAGUUGUUGGAUCGGUUAAGAAGCAUUUAUCGCCUCACUGUCCACAAGCACAAGAUGGAUGCCGAAAGAAGUGUUACGAAACAGAAGAUGAAUGCAUCGAUCAACGGAAGUUUCUAUGUCCAACAGACGCCACGUAAAUCCCGACCCUUGCCAAAGUUUGCGCCAGACUGGGUUCUCAGGAAGGAUGCGAUAAAAGACAUAGUGGAUCCUCUCAUGGCCAUUCAGAUGGUGGCUAACACGCUGUUCAUCUCCUUGUAAAAAGCUUUUAAAUCAUUAUGUCGCAAUUGUUUUUACUUGUAUAUAUUAAAUUCCUUUCUAACGGUG